AUGGCCUUCACAUGCCACCUGAAGUCCCGCCUUCCCUCUGCUGUGAGGAGCUUGAUUCUACAGAAGAAACCAAACAUCAGAAACAUGUCCAGCAUGGCUAGGGGGCUCCAGCCAGCCAGUGUGGUGGUCCGGCCCAGGUCCCUUGCUCCGGCCUUUGAAAAGUUCUGCCAGGUCAACAGUGGCCCUCUGCCGCUGCUGGGCCAAAGUGAGCCAGGCAAGUGGACGUUGCCUGCCCUGGAUGCUGUCCCAGGUACCAGGACAGGCUGUCCCCAGUUCUGGAAGUAUGAGUUUGGCACCUGCACGGGCAGCCUGACCUCGCUGGACGAGUCCUCGGAGCAGCUGAAGGACAUGGUGGCCUUCCUCCUGGGCAGCAGCUUCUCCCUGGAAGGGGCCUGGGAGAAGGGGGGGACUCCUCAGAAGACAGAGGUGCCUUGUGCCACCAUUGCUGGCUUUUGCUGCCCUCUGGUGGUCACAAUGAGUCCCGUUCCCAAGGACAAACUGGAACGGCUGGUGCAGGCGUGUUACUCCUUAGGGGGUGAGCACGGACAGCCGGUUCACAUUGACGACCCAGAACCGUUGGGUAUCAAGGAUCUUUCCAAACCUGACUCCGGGACUGUGGUGUGUCAGCCAGGGCAUGUUCCAGUGUUCUGGCCUUCUCAGCUGACCAGUCUCGAAGCUGUCAGCGCCUGCAAGAUGCCACUGGCUUUCACCAGCGCACCGGGUUGCACAGUUAUGACUGACCUGAAGGGUACAGCGGCUCUGGCCAGAUGUCUCACCCCUGAGGGAAUGCCAGAGGUCCAUCACAUUUCCCAGGAUCCUUUGCACUGCAGCAUGGCGUCAGCUUCAGUCGCUCAGAAGAUCAGAGAACUGGAGAUGAUAAUUGCCAUCGACCCAGGCAGCCAGGGGAUCGGGCACCUGCUCCGUCCAGGUGAGCUGCUGCGGGCCUCCCUGUCUCUGUCCCACGCCCGCUCCGUGCUCCUCACCACCGGCUUCCCCACGCCUCUCAACCACUAGCCUCCAGAAGAGACGGACGGCCCGCCGGGAGCCGUGGCUCUGGCUGCCUUCCUGCAGGCCUUGAAGAAGCGGGUCUCCGUGGUCGUCGACCAGAGAGCCUUGAAUUUGCACAAGAACCUUGUUGACGAGGCUGUACAGUGAGGUGUUCUGAAGAGGCAGAUCCCAAUAUUAACUUACCAAGGCCGAUCGGCGGAAGCUGCUCAGGCGUUUCUACGCAGAGAUGGGAACACCAAGUCACCCAGGUUUGACCAUCUGGUGGCGAUCGAGCGCGCGGGAAGGGCUGCCGAUGGCAAUUACUACAACGCGAGGAAGAGGAACAUCAAGCACGUGGUGGACCCCAUUGACGAUCUUUUCCUUGCAGUGCAGAAGAUUCCUGGAAUCUCAUCACCUGGGGUCGGUGACGGAGGCAACGAGCUUGGGAUGGGCAAAGUCAAGGAGGCCGUGAAGAGGCACAUACGAAAUGGGGACAUCAUUGCCUGUGACGUGGAGACUGACUUUGAGGUCAUCGCUGGCGUUUCUAACUGGGGAGGUUAUGCCUUGGCCUGGGCGCUGUACAUCCUGAACUCAUGUGAGGUCCACAGACGUUAUCUGAGGAAGGCAAUUGGGCCCUUCAGAGCACCUGGAGAACAGAACUGGACUCAGGCCCUCCCAUCCAUCACUAAGGAAGAAAAAAUGUUGGGCAUCCCGGUGCAGCAUGGAGUCCGGAGCGGAGUCUCGGGCACCCUAGGCAUGGAGGGCGGGCUGCCCUUCCAUGGCACUCACGCCCAGAUGAGCCAGAAGCUGGUAGACAUCACCAUGGCGCAAGGGUGA